AUGCAGGUGCCAGUAGGCGGUGUCGGUCGUAUAUACACACAUGCAGAGGUCCACAGGUGGAACGGCGCAGAGCUGGGCCCAUCCAGGGAGUACAACAUAGACCUGGCGCCCAGAGUGGUGCACUGCGCGGGCUCGCUCAUCAAUGCUCUGCUGGACGCUGGGGCCCAAAACUACCUCGAGUUUAAGCUGCUCCAGCAGAGCUAUGUGUGGCGGGAGGGGCGGUACGUGAGGGUUCCUGCGUCAAGGGCAGACAUUUUCAAGGACCGCAGCCUGAGCCCGUUGGACAAGCGGGCACUCAUGCGCUUCCUGCAAAAUGCCCAGCAGAGCUUCCUGGCCCAGGGCAGCAGCCUGGAUGGACCAGACGCAGAGCGGCCAUUUGUGGAGACACUGAGGGCGGAGGGCUUGGGGCAAUCGUUGAGGGAUGUGAUCAUGUAUGCUCUGGCAUGCAUCCCCAGCAGCCAGGAGGGGCCGGAGCUGACUGGAUGCCCCGUCAGCACAGCGGACGGCAUGGCUGCGCUCGCUCGGUACAUGGAGUCUGUCGGCAGGUACGGCGCGGAUACGGCGGCGUUCCUGGUGCCCCUGUACGGCGGCGGCGAGCUGCCGCAGGCGUUCUGCCGAGUGGCGGCAGUGGCGGGCGCGCUGUACGUGCUGCGCCAGCCUGUCGCUGACGUCACGAUUACCUCAUCGCCCGGAGGCGGCCGCGUCUGCACCGGUGUCACCACCGGCAGCGGGCAGGCAUUGGCGGCCGCCCCCGGGUUGCUGGAGGAGCUGCUGUCGGCUGACUCAGCGCUUCCUGCCGGUGAGUCAGCAGCCGGUAUAGAUGACUCAGCAGAUGAGUCAGCGCAGCAAUGCCACUCGCAAGCCGUGGCCAUUUUGGACCAGCCGCUGCAGGAAGAAGAGAGCCAGGUGCUUGUGGUCAUCCCUCCUGGAGCAGUGUGCAACACUCACCCGGUGUAUGCCCUCCAAGUGGGCUCGGCCACUGCAUGCGCGCCACCUGGCAGGCAAGUAAUACUGCUUACCAAGUUCCUGCUGUACCUUUCCACCCCUUCAAAAGCACCAACAGCCGCAGAGGACCUGAGACCUUCACUGGAGGCCCUUGUCAACAUGCGCGGCCUCAGCUGCGGCUCUGCAUCGACCUCUGCAUCCAGCAAAGAGGAGCCAAGCGCUGCUGAUUUCAGACCAAAAGCGCUGCUAGCCGCCUACUACAACAGCGCCGCCAGCAGCUCAGCAUCAGCCCUGCAGCACCUGCCAGCCAAUAUCGCUCUGUGUGACCCGCCGGACGCUACCAUUGGCUACGAGGCUGUCAUCCAAGGAGCCCAGGCAUUGCUGCAGCGGCUGUUUCCGGACUUGCAGGGAGGCUUGUUUCCAGGGGGAGGUGAUGCGGGGGAUGAUGAGUCAGACGAAGAGGCGAUUCAGGCCCUCUCAGAGGCCCUCGGUGAUCUGGGUGUCCCCACAGAUGGUCCUGACAAGGCUGGUUAA